CAUUCUCUAACUGCCGAUAUUUUUGUUUUGAUUCAUUCAGAUUACAUCACAGCCACGACUAACUCGAUAUUUUUCAGUCCAGGUUUUUGCAACACGAAUAAAACUUCACAAUUGUUGCCUUACAAAUUCCAAACGUCAUAAUUUGGACCACUUGUGACCUGAACAAUGUCAUGCCAUGGAUGUGCAUCUGCAUUUGGGUUUCUGAAACGUGAAUACGGCUGUCCUAAAUGCGGAUUUUCAUAUUGCAAAAAAUGUCUCCGUUUUCAAAGCACGGAUUCGAAGACCAAUAAACAAAUUUUAGUUUGUCAGCGUUGUUGUACCAGCAAGUCAUCGAAAAUGGACUCUGAAGAACCACCCAUAAUCACGAAUGCGCUUUUGAGAUUAGAAUCAAUGGAAAAUCCUGCACGUCCUCCAAUAACUGUUUACAAGCAGCCUGCUCGAGAAGCCCGUAUGGCUCAGCUGAAGAGGGGAUUGUCCGAGGAGGAUAAGCAACUUGCUGAUCGAUUAGAAUCCUUGAGAAAAGAUGAAAAUGGUGAUCGAACUAUUCAUAGACGCAGUUCGGAACAGAUUCAGGAAGAAAUUGAGACCAGAUUGGCUCGUUUAAAGGAUGAAGACCCAUCUCUUCAGGCUUUAAGCAAAGGUUCUUCAAAUUUUAAUUGCAAGCCGGAAACUGAUACGGAUCUAAUAGCAAAAUAUUCUGCCGAAGUGCAACUUGACCACCAGUAUCAAGCUGGUUUGUCAGAUGCAAUGAGUGGAAUUGAGGCAAGACUUGCAAGACUCCGAGGUGAAGAUAAAAGUGGACCUGUUAAACAAUCUUCAGAGUCAGGAAAGGCAGGAUCAUCACAUGAAGAAAUAGAAGAACUUACAGAAGAAGAACAAGUGGCACGAAUAAUAGAAAAGUUUAAAGCUGAAGUUGAAUUGGAAACACAAAAUCAAGAAGCUGACAUGGCAGGUCCAUCCGAUGAAACUGUGGCAUCUACUGUUGCAUGUUCUGAAGACGUUAGCAUGUAUUCCGACGAUGACGAGGAUCUGGAUAACUUGUGCCGAAUCUGUGAUGAGAGGAGAGCAACUUUAAAAUGCAAAGAAUGUGAUGGGGAUCUGUUUUGCAUAAAAUGCUUCAAAGAACUACACACUGAGCUUGGAGAGAUUCACAAGCCUACCAUUCUAAAAAAAUAAAAAUAAAUUCCAGUCUUAUCACACACCAAAAAAUUGUUUUACAACGUUGUCAAAUAAUGAUUUUAUUUUAUGCUUGUACCAAACACAUACACAUAAAAACAGUUGAAUAAAUUUAUUGUAUUAUGUAUAUAAGUAA